AUGGAGCGCUUUGUCCGAGUUCCCCAGGGCCUGUACCAGGGAGCACACUAUGGGAACACACUGCCUUUGGGCCAGCCGGGACUCUCUGACCACCAGCAGCCUGACUGGAGGCAAAACACUGGUGCCCCCACUUUCCUGGCCAGGACGGGGCUGGUGGUGCCCACGAAUGCCUGGGCCUACUGCACUGACCCUUCCAAGAGGGCACAGCUUAAGGCCAUUCUCUCCCAGAUGAACCCCAGCCUGGGCCUGCGGCUGUGCAAGGCCAGUACCAAGGAGGUGGGCGUGCAGGUGAGCCCACGUGUGGACAGGUCUGUGCAGUGCUCGCUGGGCCCGCUCACCCUGUGCAGCUGCUCUUUUUGGGGCUACAGGGACCCCAAGGCACCCCUACCAGCCUGGGACCUCUAUUCACCAGUAAUGGACCUCCGGGGCUUGAUCCGGCUGCGGAAGGAUGGGAAGGAUGAGGAGAGGGAUGCUCUUUCCAGUCCCGCAGAGGAAAGCCAGCAGCAGCAGAAGUCACCACCAAGGCCAAGGUCACAAGAGGACAAGCAGGAGGAACUGUGGCAGCAGGACAAGUUGGGGGAGGAAGAUGCCUCUAGUCCUGGGGAAAGGCGGAGCAAGCAGGCCCAGGGAGAUGCCCACCCUCCCAGGAAACCCAGCUUCCAGAUUAUAGAAAAGGAAGAAGAAAACUCACUGCUGUGA